CUAGAUAGAGGACUUCCACUUCCUUUGCCUCUCUUUUAAUCUCAUUAUUCUCCAGAUUUUGUUCAGGCAGAGAGGGGCAGAAAUAUAGAGAUAUGGCUGUUUUUUCCACUCACAAUCCAUUUGUUUUUGCAUUUGGCAUUCUAGGUAAUAUUGCAUCUUUUGUGGUUUUUCUAGCACCGGUACCAACAUUUGUAAGGAUUUAUAAGAAGAAAUCAACAGAAGGGUUUCAAUCGUUUCCAUAUGCGGUUGCUCUAUUCAGUGCUAUGAUUUGGCUAUACUAUGCUUGGCUCAAGUCCGAUGCUUUCCUUCUCAUAACUAUUAACUCGGCCGGCUGUUUCAUUGAGACUAUUUACAUUACCUUGUUCAUCGCUUAUGCACCCAAGCAAGCUAGGAUUUUCACUUUGAGGAUACUUCUUUUGUUAAACUUGGGGGGAUUUUGCUUGGUUCUUCUUCUCUCCCAUUACCUGGCAAAAGGAUCAUCCCGAGUCAGAAUUCUUGGAUGGGUCUGUGUAGUAUUUUCAGUGAGUGUAUUCGCAGCACCUUUAAGCAUCAUGAGGGUUGUUAUACGAACAAAAAGUGUGGAGUUCAUGCCAUUUUACUUAUCAUUUUUCCUCACCCUCAGUGCGAUUACGUGGCUCUUUUAUGGAUUACUAUUGAAGGACUACUAUAUUGCUGUACCCAACGUACUGGGUUUUCUUUUUGGAGUGUGUCAGAUGAUUCUCUAUGUAAUUUACAAGAACUUGAAGACGGUGGUGGAGGAGCCAAAGUUACCUGAAACCAACAAAGAUAAUGAGAUAUUAAGUACUUGUGGGGUUGAAGAAGCUGUAAGCUCCGAACUAAAUGGUCAUGAAAAUGGUGAGAAUAUGAAAGAACAGCAAGAAGAAUAUAAUGGUAACAAAGACAUGCGUGGCUCCAAUGGAGACCAACUAAUUGGAUGCCAAGCUUGAUUAGCAUAUACCUAACUCCUCUCUGUACGUGUGUAUGCACCUUAAUUUAUGAGAUAGCUUGUGUAUCUCUCUCUCUUUCUUUUUCUGCUACGUGGUGUAAAAUUUAUAAAGGCUAGCUAUCUG